GCUGCUCCCAGAACAACACCAAAACCGACUUUUGUGGACAGUAGUGGAACAGAAUUUCUACUUGUAUUUCCGUGGAACAACGCACCGAUUGGCUCUAAACAGGACAUUUACCUUGAUUUAAUCAACUUGGAUGAAUUUAGUUCUGCCCAUGUGAAUAUAACAUAUUAUACGUUGAACGAAAACAACACUUCAGAAAAGAAUGAGGAUUACCUUGAUGUUCCGCCCACUAAUGCUAGUACAUAUUUCUUACCGAAGAGCUGUGUUUGCCAGAAAAGAACUUAUAUGACUGGCGUUGAUCAAGUACCAAGUACAAAAAUUUAUCUAGUCUCUGAUAUACCAAUCUCAGUUGUGGGACAUAACUAUUACAACGGCAUUGGAGACUCAUUCGGAGUUUGGUCGACCACUGCCGCGAAAAAAGUGUACAAAGUAUCACUUCCAUCUGCAUUAGUGUCAGAAAAUCCAACAGAAGGGUUUGAAACGUUGUAUUUCUUAACGGAGACCGACAAUAAUAUAACAGCGAACGUUCAUCAGAAAUAUAAUUCUAUUCAGUUUUCUAUUAGCCUGAAGGGAGAUUUAGCUGCUGACACCGCUGUUCUGACUAUAGAACCAGAUGACAGAAUAAUCUUUGUGACCGGUACCGAACCUUUUGCGAUUGUUGUUGCAGUAAGGAAUCUACCAGCGAUUGGAGGACAGAAUGGCACUGAUUUCGGGUGUUUCAUGCCCAGCUCCUUUUUUCUUAGACGCGCUUUAAAAUAUGAAGCUAUACUUGAAAUCCAAUUAGAAAUUAAAACACCCCUUCAGUUCACUCAGGCGCACACUAGAAUCAAUGAAGCUUCUGAUUUUAGUGGUGGACUCGGAAAUGUGAUCAUCGGCGAUGAGACGACACGAAACACGUCGACACAUGACGGAAAACCAAUUGACUCAGAUUCUUACACAGUGUUUAAAUACGACAAGGUGCAACGUUAUUACCAGACUAUAUCAGAUGAAACUCAGGGGUUUCACUGGUUUUCAGCUGAAGGAGAGUAUACGCUUUACAUCUGUGCAGCCGGAAAUGGUUCUGCUGCCUCUUACACGCCCCGCAUCCAAGAUUCAGAUUUACCCUUAAUCUCUGCUAUCUUGGAAAAGUGGAGCCCUGAACUUUUUCUGCCUAUCUCUCGUUCGUAUCUCGCAAACUCUUGA